UUCGUUUCUCCGGCGGCCUCUGGGAGAGCGUGAGCACGAGCCGUCCCAGCGCCACCCGUCCGGUCCCCCGAGGAGCGCCAUGGCGGAGCUGUCGCUGGCCGAUGAGCUGAUGUGCUCCAUCUGCCUGGAGCCCUUCAGGGUGCCCGUCACCACCCCGUGCGGCCACAACUUCUGCGGAUCGUGCCUGGACGAGACAUGGGCGGUCCAGGGUGCGCCGUACCAGUGUCCACAGUGCCGCAGAGCGUACCAGGUGAGACCGCAGCUCCACAAGAACACGGUGCUGUGCGCCGUAGUGGACCAGUUCCUGAAGGCCGAACUGGCCCGCACAACAGUGCCCGACGGCUGGACACCGCCCACCCGCGCCGAGGCCCCCAAACCCACCGGCCAGGUGUCCUGCGACCACUGCCUGAAGGAGGCUGCCAUCAAGACGUGCCUGGUGUGCAUGGCCUCCUUCUGCCAGGAGCACCUACGGCCGCACCUCGAUAGCCCCGCCUUCAAGGACCACCCGUUGCAGCCGCCGGUCCACGACUUGUUGCGCCGCAAGUGUCCCCAGCACAACCGGCUGCGCGACUUCUUCUGCCCCGAGCACAGCGAAUGCAUCUGCCACGUCUGCCUGGUGGAGCACAAGACCUGCUCGCCUGUGCCCUUGAGUCAGGCCAGUGCAGACCUGGAGGCCAAGCUGAAGCAUAAACUGACUGUCAUAUACGGUCAGAUCAACGGGGCGUCGAGGGCGCUGGAGGAUGUGAGAGCCAGGCAGCAGGAUUUGCGGGAGGCCACACAAAGGAAGAUGGAACACCUUCGACAAGAGUACUUGGAGAUGAAGGCUCUCGUUGACGCCUCAGAGUCCAGCUCCACACAAAAGAUCAAGGAAGAGGAGAAGAGGGUCAGCAGCAAGUUCGACACUAUUUACCAGAUCCUCCUCAAGAAGAAGAGUGAGAUCCAGAAUGUGAAGGAGGAGAUUGAACUUGCCCUGAAGAAGGGGGACGAGUUUGAGUUUCUGGAGAAAGGGGCAAAACUGCAAGCAAUCGUGACGAAGCCAGUCUACGUCCCCAAGGUGGAGCUUAACCACGAGCUGAUCAAGAGCAUCUGCCAGAGCUCCACAGACAUCAAAGCCGAGCUGAAGCGGUGCCUCAGGCAGACCCAGGACAAGGAGCCCUCCGACUCAGGGGACCCUGCAGAGCAUGCCACAGCGCCCACGUCAAAACCCUCACGUCCUGGGAAGAAGGUCCUGAAAGAAGAAAAGAAACCCAAGAAACUUCCCACCACUGGUGUCUCACCCAGCAAACUUCCCACCUUCGGAGCCCCGGAACAGUUAGUGGACUUAAAACCAAGUGGCUUGGAGGCUGCAGCCAAACCCACCACCUUGCAGCCGAACUCGGGGUCUCUCCAGGCCAAGGUGCUGGAGAACUUCUUAUCCAAGUCCAGACCCGAGCUCCUGGACUAUGCUGUGAAAGUCAUCCUGGACUACAACACUGCCUACAGCAAGGUGGUUCUGUCGGAGAACUACACUGUGGCCUCAGUGGCCGACGUGCACCAGAACUACCGGCCCCAUCCCCAGAGGUUCACGUACUGUUCUCAGGUGCUGGGCCUGCACUGCUACAAGAAAGGGAUCCACUACUGGGAGGUGGAGCUGCAGAAGAACAACUUCUGUGGCAUGGGCAUCUGCUAUGGCAGCAUGGCGCGCCAGGGCCCCGAGAGCCGGCUCGGCCGCAACAGUGCCUCCUGGUGUGUGGAGUGGUUCAACACCAAGAUCUCUGCCUGGCACAACAAUGUGGAGAAAACCCUGCCCACCACCAAGGCCACGCGUGUUGGUGUGCUUCUCAACUGCGACCACGGCUUCGUCAUUUUCUUCGCUGUGGCCGGUGACAAAGUGCACGUGAUGUAUAAGUACAAGGAGGACUUCACUGAAGCGCUGUACCCGGCCUUCUGGGUGUUCUCCGCAGGUGCCACGCUCUCCGUCUGCUCCGGCAAGUAGGUAGGCCUCAGACACUCUGGCCGCCUGCCUGUGGAGCUCCUGGGACUCUAAUGAAAAUGCGUCAGGGGCCUGUCUCGGAGUUCUUCUCUGAGAGUCCCCAGGGGGUGGCAGGGUGGGAGGGGAGCUGAUGGAAGGUGAGAGGGUGGGCAGAGGGGACAAGGGAUGCAUUUUGCCAGGGAAAGGCGGGGUGGGGGUUGAUUGUACUGUGAGCAAGGAAGCCGUCCCAUCUCCUGUUGUAUAUCAAGGCAGGGUAGGCCUCUUCCCUUGCUCUGGUGGGUCCCUGGGCUGCUGGGUGGCUGGGUAAGGCUCUCUGGGUAAAGUCAUUAGCGCCUCUUUCCUCUUGGAGAAAAUCUCUAGUCACUGCAGGUUCUUUCUCAGUCCAUUUGCUGUGUGCCUCUGUGUGCUCUUCUGAUCUUGGUGUUUUGACUACUCUCUGUAGGGCUUUUCAGCUCUGUGGAUCAGCAAUUUUCAACCUUUUUCAUCACAUGGCACACAUGAACUAAUUACUGAACGUCGUCGCUGCUAGAGAUCUGUUGUUCCGUGUAUUCAUGCAUUCAUUGGUUGGUUCCUAUGUGUGCCCUGACUGGGGAUCAAACCCUCCACCGUGAUGUGUCGGGAUGACGCUCUAACCAACAGAGCUACCCAGCCAGAGCUGCUCCUAUAGGUUUAAAAAAAAGAAUUGCAAGCUGUUGAGUUUCAAUAUUACUCAACCUUCCUCCAUGCCAGUUCCCACAUGUGAGGAUUCGGGGAAGAAUGCUCAGAUUCCCGGUUAUCUUCUGUGCUUGAGGGGAACCACCCAAGGCAGGUCUCCACCGAGACCCGAGUUUCCCAAAGAAGUCGGUCCUCUUCCUCCACUGGAAAACAGCCUUGCCUCCUUUCCGUCUUCAUCACCCCAGUAACAGUGUUAAGGUGUUUAAUCCAACAGGACCUUUUUCUGUCUCUGGCUUCAAACCAUGAUCUGAAUCAGCCUAUGCUGAAUUGCUGAUUCAAGAUCAAGGUGACCGAGGUCCUAUGUGAACGGAAACCCCUCUCACUCGCAAGGAUUAGGAAAGGCAUCUCAAGAAAGAUGCUUUGGCUGCAGCCGCGGAACCUUGCUGGAGGCUUCUUCCCAUAUCCUAGGCUUUGGGGCGAGGGACCCCACUGGGCAAGGGAUCCUGACCAGGGCUGCUGGAAGUGGGGUGGUUUUGCUCCUGUUAGAGUGUCUUGCCUUCUUAUUGGCAACUAUCUGUCUGCAGUGAUCACUGUCUCUCCCCAGGACUGUGGGAGGCCGCGCUGGCUGGAGUACACGCUACUCCGAUUGGCACAGUUGAGUGGAUAGCUGAGCCCUCAUAUCUGAGCCCUUGUGUCACACGACAGGUUGUGUGUGGCUGCCUCAGGGACCAGACUGUGUCACCUGCUGGGGUGACUGCCUACAGCCAACAGGACCUCCUAGCAGAUGCCAUGGGAACACAGCCUCAUGCCCGUUUGUCCCCGCCAUAGGCUGUAGACCCACUGCUGGCUCUUGCGUGCGUCACAAGCCUGUCGCUGGCCCUAGUCCCUUUUGCUGUCUUCUUCGUUUGAGUCAAUUCCAGGUGCUGGGAUUGACCAGACGAGGGGUCAGGAAGACUUUUAAGGAUUAGCGAGGGAACGAGCUAUAAACACUCUAGCACAAGGAGCUAUUUUUCCUGUCGUAUUUCUGCGCAGUGAAAAUAACCCCAGUCCACUAAGGGUCGGGAGUGAAUGGACAGCUGGAGUCUCCCGAGUUUGCUGGAUCCCGGGGUCAGGAUGUAAGGGGAAGAAAUUUCACCUUUUGCAGUGAAGUGAGUCCUGCUCUGGUUUUGCCCAGAAGAGGAGCUCAGGCCAGGCUCCUUGUGGUUUGGAAAAGCGGCCACCACUGGGGAAGUGGGAACUCCAGACCUUAUUUAAAGUGUCUCUGGCUUUGUGCUGGAAUUCCAGGGCCCCCUGGCCUGGCCCGGAGCACGUCAUCCUCCUGCCAGAUGUGUGGAUCUAUGUCAUCUCCCGACAGGGACUCUCACUUCCUUGGGGGAGGGGGCCACGUCUGUCAGGAAGACCUUCCUGCAACAGUUGAAGUGUGGUUUUUAAACGUCUUCUUACCUUGAUGCUGGGAGGAAAAGUCCUCUGGUGAUUCUUCUCCAUUUUUGGAGAUGACCAAAAGCAUCUUCAUUGACCUUCUGAAACAAGAGCCUUGUCUGAAGCCAAGGGCUGCUUGGGAAACAGCUGGGCUUUGAGGAGAGCACCAAAGAUGGACCCAGGGGUCCUACUGCGGCUCUUCUGCAGCAAUGAAGGCAACAGAGAGGGCCCUUCCCUGGCAAUCUACAGCUCAGGAGAGGGAAGCACGAGUCCCUGUGUUUAUGAGAGGCAAGUAGGUGACUUGUGCAAGGCGCUUUAGAGAUGUGGACCGAAGCACACAGCCUUGUGUCUCCGCCUUACGUUCUCCUGCCUUGCAGGGCUGCUGCCUGACCUGGAGUCCCAGGACUGGAGGAACCUUUGUGUUCAUCUGACUUCUCGCUUUGCAGAGGAAGUCAAAUGGGGAGGCAUGGAUGGCUUGCUUACCACUUUUGCCAACCCAUCGUGUUGCCCUGGAGAAGUGUCAGAAAUUCCCAGAAACGGAAACACAGAAAUACCAAUCAAUCCCAGACCUGGGUCUCAGGGCCUGUCUCGGUCAGUCUGGCGUGAUAAAGGGGAGGCCAGGGUCGAGUUUUUGUGUUACUCAAGACCGGUCGGCUGGUUUCUCCUGCUUGAAUGAUCUGCAGUGGAUCUGUGAUCUAUAACUGAUGUGAUAUCCCGCACCUUGUUCUGCCCCCCAUUGAUUUUAAUUAGUUGGCGCUGUUGUUUGUUGAGCUGAUUUACUUCAGGGUUGAUUCUCCAGGAGAUAAUCGGGGCCGCAGACAAGGAUCUUUGGGAACCUGUGAGAAACACCAGGACCGAAGCUGGCUGACUCGCCUUAGAGGCUCGGAGUGCAGCAGCGCGGUGUUUGGUGUUCUGUCUUGCCUCUCAGGUCAUGUGGACAGUGUCGCUCACCUGUCACGCUGGGGUGAGCGAAGGAGGUGCCCAGGGGCCCCUGGGCGCUCAGGCCCCACCCAGCUGCUCCCAGGGGUUGAGAUUUCAGCAGACCUAGAGCCCAGUCGAGACUGGCCAUGGGUGGGGAUUCUUGAGAAAGAAUUCUCAGACCGAGAGGAUGUCCCUCUGGGCUUUGCUCCGGGGUCAUCUGGAGACAGGGGCAGGGAGACGGGUUGGGGUGCGGAUGAAAGGGUGAGCCACGAGCAGGUGGUCAGUGAAACAGUGAAGGGACACGACAGUUCACUGAAAUGUUUUUUCUACUGUGGCACAUUUCGGAAAGUUCCCUAGUAAAAAGUUUUAAAAUGAAACAAAGCAUAGCCCAGGGCAGAGAUGGGCCCUGAAGGGUGGAUUCCGUCACUGCAUUGGGUAGGGGGUGUGGGUUUGAGGCGGUUACAUCAGGUCAUCCCCCCCCCCCAUCUGUGGGGAGUGUGUCCCACCCCCGCCAUGGACGCUUGAAACCAAGACGAGUCACUACCCAAGGGUAGUGCCAAACCUUAUGGAUACUAUGUUUCUUCCUAUACAUACAUACAUACAUACAUACAUACUUAUGAUAAAGUUUAAUUUAUAAAAUUGAGCAUAGUAAGAGAUUAGCAAUAACUAAUGAUAAAAUAGAACAGUUAUAACAAUAUUCAGUAAUAAAAGUUAUGUGAAUGUGCUCUCUCUCUCAAAAUAUCUGAGAACUUCCCUGACUGGUAUGUUUCAGUGGCUGAGUGUUGGCCUGUGAACCGAAGGGUUGCCGGUUCAAUUCCCAGUCAGGGCACAUGCCUGGGUUGCAGGCCAGGUCCCCAGUUUGGGGUGUGUGAGAGGCAACUGAUCAACGAAGAAUUUGACUGACCUUUGGUUUCCAGAGGGGUGAUUCUAAAUCCUGGGCAUCACCUUAGCAAGAGGUGCGUCCUUGUGUUAUUCACGAGCCCCUUGGAUCCCACCUGAGUCCAUGCUCAGGGUUGAGAUGACCCAGGAUGGGGGCCAGUCAUCAGAAAGACCAACCAUGAGAUUAGAGGUUGGGACUCUCAGCCAGACUGACCUCUAGGAUGUGAUAGGGGCUAGAGGUUGUUUCAAUUAGUUACAUCUUUGUAAUGACCAGCACGCGCCCCCCCGCCACUAAAAAAAACCCAAAACCCUCUGGACACCAAAGCUCUGCUGAACACAGUGAAGUGCCAGGAGGGUGGUGUGCCCUGGCUCCAUAGGGCAAGGGGGAAGCUCUGCAUCCGGGUCCCUCCGACACUUUGCUCCACGUGUCUCUUCAUCUGGCAGGUCUUGAUCUGCAUCCUUUACAAGAAAACUGUAAUCACAAGUGUGCCCCUUCUCGAGUUCUGUGAGUUCUAGUGAAUUGUUGAACCUGAAGGAGGUUAUGUGCUGUAGAUGGAUGUCUGUGUAGCCCCCAAAUCCAUUUGUUGACACCUAACCCCCAAUGUGGUGGUAUUGGAAGGUGUCAGGUCAUGGAUCCCUCAUGAGUGGGGUGAGUGCCUUUAUAAAAGGCCCCACAGAGCCCCCUUGUCCCUUCUGCCAUGUGAGGACACAGCCAGAAGACAGCUCCUCACCAGUUACUGAAUCUGCCAGCACCUGUAUCUUGGACUUCCAGCCUUAAGAAUUAUGAGAAAUAAAUGUUGUUUGACCUA